AUGGAUGAGAUCGGAGGAGGGUCGUCUGAAUCUGUGUCUGCAAUGGCUAGUCCUAGAUCGGUAAUAACCUAUGAGUAUCGUGAUGAAGGUUUUUGCCCCAGGCAAGUUUCACCGAUUAGGAUAUGUGAGUCGAGGAAUACUAGCCCCAUGGGUCGUGUAGGGCCAAGGAAUACGAGCCCUUCAAGGCAAAAAGUAGUGAAGACCAAACCUCGCGGUUUGGAUGAAGAGACGGCUUCUACAUUUGGGAAAUCUGUUCAUUGUGAUGUUCAGAUGGAGGACAACAUAUGGGCAAUGUUGCCUGAGGAUCUUUUGAAUGAGAUUCUAGCUAGAGUUCCCCCAUUCAUGAUCUUUCGCCUUCGUUCGGUUUGCAAACGUUGGAAUUCAAUUCUUCAAGACAAUAGCUUUCUUAAAUUCCACUCCCAGGUGCCUUCUCACGGUCCUUGUCUUCUGACAUUUUGGAAGAACUCUCAGACUCCACAGUGUUCUGUUUUCAGUCUGCCUUUGAAAACCUGGUAUCGAGUUCCGUUCACAUUUCUGCCGCAGUGGGCAUUUUGGUUGGUUGGUUCUUCUGGUGGGCUCGUUUGCUUCUCAGGGCUGGAUGGGUUAGCUUUCAAAACUCUGGUCUGUAAUCCACUGACACAAACCUGGAGGACCCUGCCUAGCAUGCAUUAUAAUCACCAAAGGCAGUUGAUAUUGGUUGUGGAUCGUUCAGAUAGGUCCUUCAAAGUUAUAGCUACCAGUGAUAUCUAUGGUGAUAAAUCUUUGCCAACUGAAGUUUAUGAUUCAAAGAUGGAUAGAUGGUUGGUUCACCAGAUAAUGCCUACAAUUAAUCUAUGCUCUUCAAAGAUGGCAUAUUGUGACUCUAGAUUGUAUCUCGAGACUCUUUCUCCUCUCGGUUUGAUGAUGUAUAGUCUUGACACAGGUUAUUGGGAGCAUAUUCCUGCUAAGUUUCCACGCUCUCUGUUGGAUGGAUACUUAGUGGCUGGCACUCAACAGCGAUUGUUUUUGGUUGGAAGAAUCGGCCUUUAUAGCACUCUUCAGAGUAUGAGAAUUUGGGAGUUGGAUCACACCAAAAACACGUGGGUAGAGAUUAGUAGAAUGCCACCAAAGUAUUUCAGGGCACUGCUAAGGUUAUCAGCUGAGAGAUUUGAGUGCUUCGGUCAGGAUAAUUUGAUUUGUUUCACAUCAUGGAACCAAGGGAAGAGUCUGUUGUAUGAUGUGGAUAAGAAGGUUUGGUCGUGGAUUGCUGGAUGUGCUCUUCAGUCAUAUAACAGCCAGGUGUGCUUUUAUGAGCCUAGAUUUGAUGCUUCAAUCUAUUGA